AUGAUCGAUGUUGGAGGGCAACGAUCAGAGCGGAGAAAGUGGAUACACUGCUUUGAGAAUGUUGACUGCCUGAUAUUCGUGGCUGCUCUCUCUGGUUACGACCAAUGUUUGGCUGAAGACCACAACGCUAACCAAAUGCACGAAGCAAUGGAGCUUUUCGACUCGUUGAUCAAUGGCGUAUGGUUCAGGCAGAAGUCUGUCAUUCUCUUCUUGAAUAAGAUUGACGUAUUUAAGAAGAAACUAUCUUACUCGCCGAUAUCUGCGUACUUUCCUGAUUUCCACGGUACAAGUCUGACCACUGCCGCGAAAUACUUUGCCAAUCGUUUUCAAGAUAUCAGCAGAACGCGAGGCCGACAAAUCUACAUGCAUUACACAAACGCCACUGAUACGAAUUUACUGAAAUUAACCAUGGAUUCAAUAUUUGACGAUAUAGUGCGGAAAAACCUCAGUUCCUUGGGUAUUCUUUGA